AUGUGGCUUGCUCGAUUUAUUUGAGUCACAAUAUUCCGUGAUCAAUAUGUUUGCAGGUUGCAACAACGGCGGAUUCUUUGUGUUCUACGCCUUCAACACAUAUUCCUCUCUGAAGAACAAGAAAGUACCAAAUGAAUGCAGAAGAACAAGCAGGUGAUCUUGAGUCACCCUUGAUUCCAUUUGCAGAUCAAGAACAUGACUAUCAAGCAAGAAAAGGACAACAGCUGACCCGAGAUGAGUUUUUCGUGGAAGUGAAGAAGCAGCUGUUGUUAGUAGGGCCUCUUGUGUCAUCAAAUUUCUUGUUGUUUUGUAUACAGGUUGUUUCAGUCAUGUAUGUUGGUCAUCUCGGAGAACUUGCACUUUCAGGUGCUUCCAUGGCCACUUCAUUUGCUUCAGUAACUGGUAUCAGCUUGAUGAUUGGAAUGGGAAGCGCAUUGGACACAUUUUGUGGCCAGUCCUAUGGAGCAAAACAAUAUCAUAUGCUUGGUAUACAUAUGCAGAGGGCAAUGAUUGUUCUUUUGCUGGUCAGCAUUCCUCUUGCAGUUGUGUGGGCCAAUACAGGCUUCAUUCUUGAAUUUUUGGGUCAAGAUCCAGAAAUAUCUGCUGCUGCUGGGGAAUUUGCUUGUUACAUGAUACCAAGCCUUUUCGCUUACGCAAUCCUUCAAUGUCAUUCCAGAUUCUUGCAAACUCAGAACAAUGUGGUUCCCAUGAUUGUUACCACAGGAACUGCAACUCUGCUACACUUGCUUAUCUGUUGGCUUCUGGUAUACAAGACCAGCCUUGGAUAUAAAGGUGCGGCUGUGGCAAACUGCAUCGCAUAUUGGAUCAAUGCAUUGUUAUUGUUUCUUUAUGUCAGAUUCUCUCCCUCUUGUAAGCACACAUGGACUGGAUUCUCAAAGGAGGCCUUUCAAGGAAUUCUCAGUUUUCUUAAACUAUCCAUUCCUUCAGCUGUAAUGAUCAGCUUAGAAAUGUGGUGCUUUGAAAUGAUGGUCCUCUUAUCUGGUCUUCUUCCUAAUCCAAAGCUUGAAACCUCAGUCCUGUCAAUCAGCCUUAACACAUGUGCACUGACUUACAUGAUCCCCCUCGGACUGGGUGGUGCAGCAAGCACAAGAGUUUCAAAUGAAUUGGGUGCUGGGAAACCACGACUAGCCCGUCUUGCCAUAUGUGUUACACUCUCCAUGGUUGUUACUGAAGGCAUUGUGGUUGUUGCUGUCAUGAUAUUGGGUCGAAAAGUUUGGGGCUACUGUUACACCACAGAUAAAGAAGUUGUGGAAUAUGCUGGAGAAAUAUUACUGUGGGUUGCAAUAGCCCACUUUUUUGAUGGAAUUCAAUCUGUUCUUUCAGGUGUCAUCAGAGGAAGUGGGCAGCAAAAGAUUGGGGCUUAUGUUAAUCUUGGAGCUUAUUAUCUUAUAGGCAUUCCUAUCUCAAUUAUAUUAGCUUUUGUCCUGCACAUUGGAGGGAAGGGUCUUUGGAUUGGAAUUACUGUGGCUCUGUUUGUGCAAGCAGUAUCUCUUUCAAUCAUAGUCACAUGCACUAACUGGGAAAAAGAAGUGAAGAAAGCUUCUGAUAGAGUGCACAAGACUGUGGCUGUGACGGAUGCAGCAUCAUAAAACGGAUGCAGAAGUCCUGAUCAUAUCUGGAUUGGGUCCUUAAGAGAAAAAAGAAGGAAAGAACGGAGUAAUUAAUGACGGAUCUAGCCCUUAUUUGUGUGCCUAAUGAUAUGUCCUCUGUGGACGACAUUUCAAGCCGUAUCAGAAGCCAAAGGCGAUGAAUCUUCAAUGAUUAAACAUUUGAUUUGUGUGGCUUGGUUGCCAGUUUUGUCAUCCUCAGAAUUUCCCAAACCUAGUGUUGUUGCAGUUUCAAAAGUUUAGACAGGGUAUAGUACUCUGUAAUUACUUCGGGAAGAAAGAAACAAAAUGAGGUCUUUUUUUUUU